AUGGUUGGGACUUUCCAUUUGGCACCUGCUUUCGCCUUCGCUAACGGUUCGGAAACAGGGCCAAUUGUGAGGAUUGCUCCCAACGAGUGCUCAGUGUGUGAUCCCCAAGCUUGGAAAGUAAUCUACGCUGUCAAUGGUGGCUUCACCAAGACAGAUUUCUAUCUUACCCAGGCACCAAAUCUCUCUCCGCACGCCGACAGCUUCACGCAGCUGGACGAGAAGAAACACACAUUUCGCCGCCGGAUGAUCCAACACAUAUUCGCCUUCAAGACGGUGCUGGAAAACGAAAGAUACUUGGAUUCUGUAAUCGAGCUGUUCAUGCAGCGCAUGGGAGAACUGGCUGACAAAGGGGAUGCGUUUGACAUAUCUGAGUGGGUGCAUUGGUACACCUUUGACGUUAUCGGCGAAUUGUUCUUCGGCCGCAUGUUUGGAUUCCUACGCGAGAGUAAAGAUAUCGGAGGCUACAUCGCCGCUGUGGACAUCAUCCUACCGCACGCUAUCCGCAUGGCAGUGCUUCCAAAGGUCCUAUGGCCGCUGCAGAUCCUGAUGUUACCGUUCUCCGCGAGGUUCAGGCACAGCGUAUCGGUGUUUAAUUCUUUGACCGCAGUGUCGAGGAAGCUGGUCGAUGAGCGCGUCGAAUUGGGCAAAGGCCGGCCAGACAUGCUCGAAAAGCUGUUGGAAGUAAGCCGUGAAAAGUCGCCAGACUUCGAUAUCACGGAUGUGUACACCGAGUCGUAUACGGCCAUCUUCGCCGGCAGCGACACCACUGCCAUUGCUAUCCGUUCUGCGCUGUACCAUCUUUGCAAGAAUCCCGACACCUACACGAAGCUGCAGGCUGAAAUCGAUCAACAUGAAGCCGAGGGCAAGCUCAGUCCCAUCAUGACGUACAAUGAGGCUUCGAAGAUGGUUUAUUUGUCUGCAGUCUGCAAGGAGGCCAUGCGUGUGUUCCCGUCCAUUGCUCUCACCUUCCCGCGUCACGUCCCCGAGGGUGGUCGCGAGCUCUGUGGUUAUUUUGUUCCGGCUGGAUACCGCGUUGGUGUCAAUCCAGCUGCACUCCAUUUUGUAAAAUCAAUCUUCGGCGACGAUGCGGACGACUUUAACCCGGACCGCUGGUUCCGCCUCGGGGCAAAAGAAAUGGACAAACACAUGUUCCAAUUUGGACAGGGUACACGCCAAUGCAUUGGGAAAAACGUUGCUACCGUGGAAAUCUGGAAAAUGGAAGGAGAUUAA